AUGGACCUUGAAAUUGGUGGAGAUAGUAUAAUAAAUGCUGACCAACAAGUGGACGACGGCGUUAAUGCUGACCUUGAAGAAACAUUUGCAAGGAAAUGUGUAACUAUCGAGGAGCCAACUGAACUUGCUUGCUAUAGUCGGGUUGAAGGUGGGGAGGUUUAUUUUGAUGAUCGCAGCUUGAGGCUUUUUAAGCCCUCUAUUUCAGAAGAUGUUGGAGCUAACUUUAAUGAAGGCUUUAACACGUUUAUUGAGAAGAAAGAUUUGGCAUCUGAAGGCUUUGGUAACCUUCUUGCUUGCAUAAGGAACAAGAAUAUCUCACUUCAGAAUGUGAAAUUUGUGACUUUUCGAAAUAACCUCAACAAGAUAAUGGGUACUCCUUAUAUGAGGAAAACUCCUUGGGAAAUUGGUGUUCACAAAAGAAAUGGAGUUGUUUAUUUGGAUGUGCAUAGUCUUCCAGAAAGGCCUCAAAGGGAGAUUGACCGUCAAAGAUGCUACUGGGGAUAUUGUUUUGAAACGCUUGCCACAGAAGAUCCUAAAAGGGGUGAUGGAGAAGAAAUUCAUCACAUCGAUGCCAAUGUUGAAUUUUGUUCUGUUGUUAAAACUAAAUUAGGAUCUAAUUGUAUUCUAAUGGGCGCUGAAAUUGAUUGUUGUGAAUCAACUGAGGAUGGGAGAAGAUUUUACGUUGAAUUGAAGACGAGUCGUGAGUUGGCUUAUCAUACUGAGGAAAGAUUUGAGAGAGAUAAAUUGCUCAAGUGUUGGAUACAACCAUUCCUAUCUGGUGUCCCUUACACUGUAAUUGGACUCGGGGAUGAUGUUGGACGGCUUGUUCGAACUGAAAGACUUAGAACCAAAGACAUCAAUCAAAGAAUGAAAACAAAGAACUAUUGGCAGGUUGAAGUGUGUUUGGCAUUUACAGAUGAAGUUCUUUGCUGGUUGUAUGGGACUGUUAAAGAUAAUGAAGAUUACAUUCUGCAGUUUGGUCCACCAUUCAACAAUUUACAACUAGUAAAAGCACCAACACAUUCAUGUCCCAAUCAAAUCUCAAACCAUGUUCAGCAAUUAUAGGCUCAAUGACAUACUUCACAUCACUUAUCUUUUGUUGAUUUUGGGCAAACCAAACAAUUCAGGCAGGAUGGAAUGGAGACUUGAUAUAAAAAAUAUUGUCUUUUUCAUAGUCCAAAU